UCUUGUCGGGGCUAGGGGGGAUUGGCUAAGUGGGGUAUCGAAGAUUCCACUGAAUGUACGGAGGGCUCUUUCAAAAGUCAUGUCCCAAGUCGUGCCAAGAAAAAGGGGAAUAAGUAUGACGAUGGCGUCGACAAUAAUCAUUGCGAGAACACUGCGAAGGACAAGCCGACUCUGGAGGACAAGAUGAAGGCGCGACCAAAGGACGAGCGAUUGACCAACGAUGAAGGCCCACCAGCCGGCAAUGGUCACGGCACCUUGAGCGAACUUAUUUUGUCGAGCAGCCGAUUAUGGUGACGAUCAGGCCCAAGCUCGCAAACAAAAGACUUCAGAAAUACCAUCCGGCGUAUCUCUUGAAGGUGGCCGAGAUGAGAACGACGAUUUCCAGCACGCAGACCUAUCAAUAUAUGAUUGAGGGCGGCCUUGUGUAUGGUCUUCUGACCACUGGCGAAGCGAUCGUGUUUCUCAGGGUCGACUGGGAGGAACCGGAAACGUUGUAUUACCACCUAGCAGAACCCGGCCCCGAGGUGUCCGCCCAUCCAAAUCACUUCCACGUCUGUACGGCCGUGGGUCAGUAUCUAGCUUUCAGCCUCAUGGCCCUCGGCCCACCAGGAGAACGGCGGAUGCACGGGCAGGAGGAGCGUCGACAGGCUACCCUUGACUUGAGCAAGUGGGCAGAAGACUUUGAAACGACACAUCGGUCAAUUCCAGAAAGCGAAAGACGGGCAUCAGACAGCUCACCCGCUUACAAACCCACCACUUACGAGGGCGUCGACCGAUCACCGUACCUCCUCCGCGGGAAGAGACGCCGACCUGAUCGAGCUGAUCAAGUCGAAAAGGAAACGUUAAAGGAUCCAUCGGAAUCAUCCGAUGA